GCGUUCCUGCCGUGCCCCGCGCCCCCGCCCCGCCGCCGCCAUGCGCCCCCCGCAGCCUCGCACCUCGCUCCUCACGCUCCUGGCCGCGCUCCUGGCCGCGCCCGAUGCAGCCCGGGCCGAGGUCCCGCACCUGGUGCGUGUGGAUGCGGCGCGCGCGCUGCGGCCCCUGCGGCCCUUCUGGAGGAGCACCGGCUUCUGCCCCCCGCUGCCGCACAACCAGGCCGACCAGUUCGUCCUCAGCUGGGAUCAGCAGCUCAACCUCGCCUACGUGGGUGCUGUCCCUCAUGGCGGCAUUGAGCAGGUGCGGACACACUGGCUUCUGGACCUCGUCACAGCCAGGGGUGCUGCCGGACAGGGGCUGAGGUACAACUUCACCCAGCUGGACACCUACCUGGACCUCCUCAAGCAGAACCAGCUCCUCCCCGGGUUCGAGCUGAUGGGCAGCCCAUCUGGACACUUCACAGACUUUGAGGACAAGCAGCAGGUGUUUGAGUGGAAGGACCUGGUCUCCGUCCUGGCCAGGAGAUACAUUGGCAGGUAUGGGCUGGCACAGGUCUCCAGGUGGAACUUCGAGACAUGGAAUGAGCCAGACCACCAUGACUUUGACAACGUGUCCAUGACAGAGCAAGGUGGAAGAUGCUUGCUGGGGUCCUGCAGGGCGGCCAGGGUGGGCUGGGGGGAAAUGCAGUGCCCGGAGGACACUCCAGACCCUCCUUUCCAUCCAGGCUUCCUUAACUAUUACGAUGCCUGCUCUGAGGGUCUGCGGGUUGCCAGCCCUGAGCUACGACUGGGUGGCCCCGCUGACUCCUUCCGUGAGCCUCCAAAGUCCCCGCUCAGCUGGGGCCUCCUGCGGCACUGCGCCCAUGGCACCAACUUCUUCACUGGAGAGCAGGGUGUGCGGCUGGACUUCAUCUCCCUGCAUAGGAAGGGCUCGGGCAGCUCAAUAGCCAUCCUAGAACAGGAGGCGGUGGUCCUAGGCCAGAUCCAGCAGCUGUUCCCCGAGUUCAAGGACACCCCCAUUUACAAUGACGAGGCAGACCCACUGGUGGGCUGGUUGCUGCCGCAGCCCUGGAGGGCAGACGUGACCUAUGCAGCCCUGGUGGUGAAGGUCAUUGCACAGCACCAGAACCUGCUGGUCGCCAACGCCAGUACCGCACAGUACAAGCUCCUGAGCAAUGACAAUGCCUUUCUGAGCUACCACCCGCACCCGUUCUCCCAGCGCACGCUGACCGCGCGCUUCCAAGUCAACAACACGCGGCCGCCGCACGUGCAGCUGCUGCGCAAGCCAGUGCUCACCGCCAUGGGGCUGCUGGCGCUGCUGGACGGAGAACAGCUCUGGGCCGAGGUGUCGCGGGCCGGCGCGGUGCUGGACAGCAACCACACGGUGGGAGUCCUGGCCAGCGCCCACCGCCCCGAGGGCCCUGACGACGCCUGGCGCGCCACGGUGCUGGUCUACGCCAGCGACGACACCCGCGCCCACCCGGACCGCCGCGUCCCGGUGACCGUGCGCCUGCUCGGGGUCCCCGCGGGUCCGGGGCUCGUCUACACCACCCGCUAUCUGGACAACCGGCUCUGCAGCCCCCAGCGCGAGUGGCGCCGAGCUGGCCGCCCGGCCUUCCCCUCGGCGGAGCAGUUCCGGCGCAUGCGGGCUGCAGAGGACCCGGUGGCCGCCGCGCCGCGCCCCUUCCCCGUCGGCGGCCGGCUGACUCUACGCCCCGAGCUCGCGCUGCCCUCGCUGCUGCUGGUGCAUGUGUGCGCGCGCCCUUCGGGGCCGCCAGGCCAGGUGACCCGGCUCCGUGUGCUGCCCUUGACCCGAGGGCAGCUGGCUCUGGUCUGGUCGGAUGAGCGCGUGGGCACCAAGUGCGUGCCUGUGGACAUACGAGAUCCAUUUCUCCCCAGAUGGCCAGGUGUACAACCUGGUCAGCAGGAAGCCGUCAACGUUCAACCUCUUCAUAUUCAGCCCAGGUGCACCCACAGCCACAGACCUGGCUUUAGUCCCCUCUGUGCUGGGCCUCCCACGUACCUGGCGGGUGGCCCCAGGGCUUCAGGACGUGGAUGGGUUCAAGGGCAUGAGCUAAAGGCCACAGGUACCUUGGUGUUGCAGACUCAGCUGCUGUCUCUGGCUCCUACCGUGUUCGAGCCCUGGACUACUGGGCCCGGCCAGGCCCCUUCUCCGACCCUGUGCCGUACCUGGAGGUCCCUGCUGCCUGAGGGCCGCCAGCUCCAGGCUGACUGGCAGGGAGCCUAGAUGGGCCUGGCUACCACUGGGUGGUCAGUCAGCUGUUGGCUCCUUCUGUCCCUACCCACUCUGUGUCUCUAAAGUACCUUUCUUUUUUUGAAUUCAUUGUUUAUUGGUAUAUUUUAGAUAUGCAAUGUGAGGACAUUCAUCAUUGGGAAUUUGUACUGUG